AUGGAUGGACUUCGGCUCAAUGAGGCUGGGGAGGAUGCCGCCGAUGAUCCUGUCGUGGUGCCUGCUGUGGCUGCAGUACUGGCUCUGGCGGAAGUUGUUGUGGUACUGACUCUGAUGGAAGCAGCAGCAGCAGUGGUUUUACAGUGUGCACAUAUGAAGAUGUUGAAGCCUCGGCCUUCGCAGCCACUGCACUUUGAGCCCAUGAUCCUAGAUAGGAAAGUGUUAACAUUUUAUCCUUUCCAUGCUUUGAGUUUGGAGGUUGAGCAUGGAAGUACCUCGGGGCAUUUCCGGCACAAUUCCGGCAUGUAA